CGGAUGUGUCAUGUGACUGAAGAGGAAGCGGCGGUAAAGAUGAGCGCUGUGUACGGUGGAGUGGAGGGUGGUGGGACACACUCUAAAGCUGUUCUGCUUUCUGCUGAUGGAUGUAUCCUUGCUGAAACAGAUGGACCAUGCACCAACCACUGGUUGGUUGGCGUUGAUGGUUGUAUCGAUGGUAUCAAUGAUAUGGUCCAGAGAGCUAAAAUCAAGGCUGGGCUGGACCCAAACACACCAGUUUGUUCUUUGGGCAUGUCAUUGAGCGGCGGAGAGCAAAAAGCUGCUAUACAGAAACUGAUCGAUGAUAUGAAGGGAAAAUAUCCAAACCUGAGCCAAAGUUAUUUUAUUACAACUGAUGCCAUUGGUGCUGUGGCAACUGCCAGUGACCAUGGAGGUAUAGUGGUCAUAUCAGGGACUGGUUCAAACUGUAAAUUGGUGAAUCCGGAUGGCACACAAGUUGGCUGUGGGGGCUGGGGUCACAUGAUGGGAGAUGAGGGUUCAGCAUACUGGAUUUCUCAUUUAGCUGUCAAAACUGUUUUCGAUGCCAGAGAUAACCUUAUCACACCCCCUCACGAUGUCACCUUGGUUAAGAAGGCCAUGGAAGAAUACUUCCAGGUGUCUGAUCUAAUGGGGAUGCUGCCUCAUUUGUACAGAAACUUUCAGAAGUCACACUUUGCAGGAUUUUGCAGGAAACUAGCUGAAGGUGCUAAUGCUGGUGAUGCGUUGUGCAAACAUGUGUUUACUGAGGCUGGAAAGGCCCUCGCCCAACACAUUGUAGCUGUUUUGCCAAAAGUGCAUAAGGAUCUGUUUACUGGUGAGCUUGGAUUGCCUAUCCUGUGCGUUGGUUCGGUGUGGCACAGCUGGGAACUGAUGAAGUCUGGUUUCACUCAGGUCAUAUCAGAGGCUCGGGCUACCGGUUACAGUCACUUCUGUAAGUACAGCCUGCUCACUUUACGCCAGUCCUCUGCUUUGGGUGGAGCCAAACUGGGAGCACAGAACGCAGGUGCCACCCUCCCGUUGGACUACUCUGCCAAUGCCAAUGUGUUUUUCAGCCAUACUUUUACCAAUCAGUGAUCGGAUGAAACAGGCCUGAGGUCAGAAGCAACACUACAUUCUUAAUAAAUGACAGAAGUGGGAGCUUCAGUGAUGGGGCAAAUAUGUUAUUUAAACUUUCCUCUUGACGGUGCUGUUUCUCAAACGACACAUACGUUAUCUUAUUAAUCAGGUUAUUCUAUAUAAGAAAUACAAAAUAUAUAAAACAAGUGUAUAUAAAAUUAAUUUACACUUAGUAACUAACUAAAAUACAUUUUUAGUUAUUUCUGCACAUUUGUGAUGUAAUCAUGUUUUUUUUAAUUAAUAAAAUUCUUUUUCAUGUGACAUGCCAUAAAUGAGCUGGCAUGUAGUUUCUGACUGUGUGGACAAGCCACAAGCUUUGGGGUAUAGUUAUAGUACUUACAGUAAUAAAGUACAAGUCCUUCAUA